AUGAGGGCCCAACAUCCAAAUGUUACCCGGUUGGUUGGCUACUGCUAUCACCUAGGACACCAAUGCAUUAAGCAAAAAGGUGAAUAUGUUUUUGCCCAUGUGGAAGAAAGAGUUCUCUGCUUCGAAUACUUGCAGGGUGGAAGCCUUGACAAUCAUAUUUCUGAUGAAUCGUGUGGACUCGAUUGGCCCACACGUUUCAAAAUUGUCAAGGGAGUCUGUGAGGGAUUAAAUUACCUACAUAAUGGAUGCAAAGAUCCAAUUUACCAUCUUGACUUGAAACCUGCGAAUGUUUUACUGGACAAGAACAUGUUCCCGAAAAUUGGAGACUUUGGUUUGUCAAGACUCUUUCCUUUAUCACAAACCUAUAUAACAAGCAAAAUUAUAGGAACACCUGGAUACAUGCCACCAGAAUACAUUGAGAGACGCGAAAUCACAUCGAAGUAUGAUGUAUUCAGUUUGGGUGUUAUAAUUGUGCGGGUAAUAGCAGGAGAUGAAGGCUACUCCAAAUGUGCAUAUAUGUCUUUGGAAGAUUUUCUUGAGCAUGUAUUUAAGGUGUAUGGAGGUUGA